AUGACUCCCUGGUAUUCGACUGAUGCGAAGCAGCGGUAUGCGGAUAAAAUACAACUAUGUGGCUCGAUUGAUCCCUACAGUCUUACCGUAUCCCCCACGGAGGUGCCGAUAAAUGUCAGCUACGCAGAUAUUUACCACUUCAUGGUGGUCGAGACAAACCCGUUCACCGGUUACCCAAAAGAUUGCCGGAAAGGUAUGGAAGCAAACUUAUGGUUCCAACAAGGUUGGAUCAAGUACGUCGGAGGAAAACAAGUGCAUAAUGUGUUUGUGGUCCACGGAAGAGUUUUGCACUCAUUCAAUUUAAGGAAAACACCUCUCAAACCUUGGAUAAUUGUCGAUCGAAGUGGAAAAAUACUAUCAGCGCACUGCAACUGUACAAUUGGUUUGCUGGAAACUUGUUCGCAUGUUGGCGCAACGUUAUUUGCGCUUGAAGAUAUUCGUCGAAAAAUAGCUGAAAAAAAGUUCUCGGUAACUGAUCUUCCUGCAUAUUGGAACAAGCCACCACGAGUCCCCGAACAAAAUCUGUACAAAAAGAUGAAAGAUAUAUCAUUUGGAAGAAAAGUUAGGCGAUUCUGA